UUAACAAAAAUGCAAGAAAACCUAUGAUAAAUAAAAGGGGAGGGGAAGGAAAAAUUGGAGAAGUGGGCAUAGUAGCCAAAUCUACCGCUUGCAACCCCAACGACCCCGCAAGAGCAAACCCCGGCGACCUCACGAACGGCAGACCAACUGGAACCACCACGAUUCCAACUCUGGCAAGUCUUUGCAGCGACUGUGGCUCUGCAUCAUUGAAAAUUUCUCUUGCUCUUAUCGAUGCAGGACUCCCAAGAGCCAAGACAUGAAUUUUGGGUGGGUCAACGAGUGCGUGCAUUGGGUGAUCCUCAACGAAUUGGUACAGUUAAGUAUGUGGGACCUAUAGAAGGCUAUUCAGACACUUGGGUUGGAGUUGACUGGGACAACGGAGAAGGCAAACAUGAUGGAUCCAUGAAUGGUGUCCGCUACUUCCAUGCUAAAUCAGAUAGAUCAGGGUCAUUUGUUCGUCCCCACAAUCUAAACCAAGGGAUUUCAUUGCUUGAAGCUCUUGAAAGUCGAUAUAAAAGUGACUCUACAAAAGAUGAAGAGGAUGAAAUGUAUGUCCUUUCAACAAGCAACCAGCGAGUAUCUGUUCAACUUUUGGGUAAAGAUCAAAUUCAAGAUAAGCUAAGAAGAUUUGAGGAAUUAACUAGUGUAUCAUUGUCAUACAUGGGCAUUAGUUCCCCUGGAAUCCCUUCUCACAUUAAUAACACGGUGCCAAAUAUAAAAGAACUUGACCUGACUGGGAACUUGCUUUCAGAGUGGAAGGAUGUUGGCACAAUUUGUGAACAGUUGCCUGCUCUGAGGACAAUCAAUUUAUCCAACAAUUUAAUGUCACCCUAUAAAACCAAUCUUCCAAUACUGAAAAUCAUCCAAGUUCUGGUUGUAAAUAAUACUGGCGUAGAUUGGGAACAGGUUGAGUUGCUUAGACAAUCGCUGUCAACAAUUGAAGAGCUACAUAUAAUGGGAAACAAUAUAAGCAGAAUACUGCCCGGGUCAUCCUCUACGGUUCAGGGAUUUGAUUGUCUGCGGCUGUUGAAUUUGGAAAACAACUGUAUAGAUGAAUGGAAUGAAAUCAUGAAGCUUUCUCAGCUAAGAUGUUUGGAGAAGCUUUAUUUAAACAAGAAUUGUUUGAAUUCUCUAUUUUAUCCGGAUAAUAAUGAGCGGUAUGAAUCAGAAGUUACAUGCUAUAAACCCUUCCAAAAUCUAUGCCGCCUUCUAUUGGGUAAUAACAACAUUGAUGAUCUGGCCUCCAUUGACUCAUUAAACUUGUUUCCUAGUUUGGUGGAUAUCAGGCUUUCUGAAAACCCAAUUACUGAUCCUAGAAGAGGCGGGGUUCCAAGAUUUGUUUUGAUAGCUCGUUUAGCAAAAGUUCAGAUAUUAAAUGGGAGUGAGGUUACUCCUCGUGAAAGGAAGGACUCUGAGAUUAGGUAUGUUCGGCUUGUUAUCUCAAGGUUGCAUACUAGUCCUGAAGAAAUCAAACAGCAUCCCAGGUUAUACGAGCUUAAGAAGAUUCAUGGAAUUGAGGAUGAAAGACCUUCAAGUGGAACUACUGUCCCACAAACAAUCAGCUCAGGGUUAUUGUCUAUCACUCUGAAUUGUGUUGGAGCAUCCAUGGGUGAGAAGCCACCAUUGACAAAGAAGCUUCCAGCAACAACUACAGUCGGUAAGCUGAAAUCUCUAUGUGAAAGCUUUUUUAAGCUGAAGUCCAUGAAGCUAAAGUUAUAUCUUCAAGAAGAGGGUUCUCCAUUUCCUUUGAUGCUUGACAAUGACACUUCAUCUCUGAUGGACCUUGGAAUUGGAAAUGAUUCUAUUAUCCUUGUAGACGAAGAAGGGUCAUAAAUAUAUUUGUGAACAGUUUCCCAUGUGUUAAAGACUGUAUCCUUCUGACUGUCCCCA